CCGUCUCUAUUCUCUGAGAGGGGAUCAAGCCUCAGUCCUACACAGCUCCCUGUUUAUCAGCUUAGAGGAAACAACGAGAAGAGGAAGUUUACUGACUGUCGCACGCUUUUUCUGACAAAUUGUUGCACCCUGGAAGUUUUUCUGUUCAUGUCACCUGUAAACCUGAGUCCAGAAAACCUAGCAACACAAAGCAAGGCUCUUUUCUUUUCCACGGAUUCAUUUAGCCAGACCAGCAGUCCACAGCCUGGUGAUGGAUUUUAACCUGCUGACUGACCGUGAGACCCGCAGCCCAGUGCUAUGUCUCUCUGACUCCGGGACGCCACAGCGUGAGCCGGGAUGCAAAGGCCAGGACCAAAGCGACACUGAGAAAUCACAGCAGAACAAACUGGAUGAGUCAAGUGUUGAAGAAGGCUCUCUGAAGAAGAAGCAGCGUCGGCAAAGGACUCACUUCACCAGCCAGCAGCUCCAAGAGCUAGAGGCCACCUUUCAGAGAAACCGCUACCCAGACAUGAGCACCAGAGAAGAGAUCGCUGUGUGGACAAAUCUUACUGAGGCUCGGGUCAGGGUAUGGUUUAAAAACCGGCGUGCAAAGUGGAGAAAAAGGGAAAGGAACCAGCAGGCAGAGCUAUGCAAAAAUGGCUUUGGCACCCAAUUCAAUGGCCUCAUGCAGCCAUAUGAUGAAAUGUACACAGGUUAUUCCUACAACAACUGGGCAACUAAGGGCUUAGCAAGUAGCCCGCUCUCUGCCAAAAGCUUCCCGUUCUUUAAUUCAAUGAAUGUAACUCCCCUGUCAUCCCAGCCUAUGUUCUCCCCCCCAAGUUCCAUCCCCUCCAUGAACAUGCCCUCCAGCAUGGUGCCCUCAGCAGUAACUGGAGUUCCUGCUUCUGGGCUAAAUAACCUGGGGAACCUAAACAACCUCAACAGUCCUACGGCGCUCAACUCUGUUGCAGUGACUGCAGCCACAUGCCCCUAUGCCACUACAGCCAGCCCCUACAUGUACAGAGACACCUGCAACUCCAGCUUGGCUAGUCUACGCCUAAAAGCAAAGCAGCACACCAACUUUGCUUAUCCAGCAGUGCAGAAUACUGUGUCCAACCUAAGCCCCUGCCAAUAUGCUGUGGACCGGCCUGUAUGAACUCCAACUCUGACUUACCAUACCAGCUAUCAGUCCGCUGUUACUCCAGUUCUCAUCUCUUCAACUAUCAUCUUUAAACUGCUGGUUGUGCAUAUCAGUUGGUGCCUUGAUGGUAAACUAUCAGUCUAAUUGCCAUCAAUAACAACAAAUAAAACUCCUCGGAAAGACCACUGUUUGUUUAAAGGAAUUAUCUUCUGUUAGACUCAAUUACUCAACUGACCUACCACUUUUGAACCAUUUUAGAAAUAAUAGUCUAAUUUCCCUUUUUUUAACUGCAUGAUGAGAAAAGUAACAUAAUCCACAGACAGGUGAACCUUUGGACUGGUUGUUAGCAUCUUGGGUAAGAAACAUCAAAUACAACUCAUGUAGAAAGGUGGACUUAUGGUUUCAAGUCAUCAUUAUAGAGGGUGUAAGUACUAUUUUUUUCCUGCUCUGUAUGAAAAUAUAUACUAAACCCAAAAUGAUUCAUACCCCUGGCAAACUUAUAUUUUUAUUUAACCAAGAAGUUUUCUUCUGUUAAGCAAUGAGACUGGCCUCUCUCCACAUACAUCAGCAAAAUAAAAUGUGUUUUUAUUUACAUUGUAUUGAAAUUAUGCCAAAUGUUUCUUAUGUCUUUCUCAAUAAUCAAGGGACAUUUUCUUUUGCAAGUUUUCACAGGAAUUCUGAUUAUUUACUUUGGUGAUGUCUUUGAGGUGGGAAAGCCUUGUAAUCACACAAAUCUUAGGUCCCUCCUCAGAUUAAAUUGGGAGACCUCCAAAUGCUAUUACUUCCUGUCAGAAAAACAUGUUGGUAAACAAUUAACACUAAGUAGGCCAGGGGUAUAAAAAUGGUAUCUGAUGACAGAUACCAAGCAAGGAUCAUAGGUAAACAUUAUAUGAGCACAUCAUUUAGGAACUAGAGUUGUGUAAAAAAGGUAUCAUCCUGAAGGUCAUUAUGGAGAACUCUGUUGUUUGAUAGGUCUUGAAAGUGUUUCACAGGUCUUGCCAUAACUCAGUGCUUGUAAAUAGAAAUUUAGCUAUUUACAUACCUGAAUAUAUGUGGCAUCUGAGCAACAUUUUCAAGUAAAAAUCUGAAAGCCAUGUAAUUUAGAACUUUGUUUGGUCCAUGUGUGGGCAGCAGUCCAUGACAAUACAAAUAUAUGCAAGAAUGCAAAACAAACAUACAAAAACACAAACUUUUUUCCUGGGGUAGCUUGCUCUAUCUCUGUAUGUAUCAUUCCUCACCCGUGUCAUUUAAUAAUUUUUUGUGGAUAAGUGUUUUGUGUAAUCACAGAGAAUAACAUCGGUAAAAAACAAAAAAGAAAAUCUCAGAUCUCAGAUAUAUCUCCAAGUAGUGGAGGUGAUGUAAAGCUCUAUUGAAAUUACAGUAUUUAAAGGUUUUAUUUUCACAUGUUCUUCUUUGACACAUAUCAACUUCAAGCUGUGUCUCAUGACAGAUAUCUAGAUAUUGUGGCAUAACCCAAACCUUAUAAGAAGUUGUCCAUUUUAGAAUCUAGACAUUUCCUAUUCUUACCCACCAGAUAAGAAGUAGAUGUAAUGCCAAGACACAAACCCCAAUUUUACCCAAGUUUUUGCUGCUUUCAAAGACUUUAAAUUAUGUCAUUGUCAAUUUUAUUGUGAGUGAAUGCUAUUUUAAAAGCUUGAUAACAGUGCCCCCUAUUGGCCCACAACAACAUCUCUUUUAUCUUCUACAAUAUAAAUAGAGAGGGAGUGUUAGUUUGAAGACAGUGAGGUAGCAGUACUAAUGGCCCUCAGUUGCGACGGGCCAGACAGCACCCAAGGUGGGAUGGCCAUGAUUUUUCUAAACAUUUUAUGCUACACCCUCAUUCCAUGCAUUGCAUUUAUGAUCCCUGUUUGGACCAGUUCACUUUGAUGACAUAUGAAAGAAUAUGAAACCUAACCAAAGCUAAAUAUUUACAUACAACUUCCUGAUGAGUUCAUUCAAACACAAAGUUUCAUUCUUUACAUGUCCUAAUAUUCAUAUAGUAGUCUGUGGUCAUAUUUCUUGUAGAUUACUUUAAAAAAAGAUAUCAGCUGGUUUAGUGGGCACAAAGAAAUCAGAGGCCGACACUUCAUUUUCAUCUCUCAGGUCUGGGAUCAAGAGAAAAAGAAUUACCCAUACUCCAAUGCCUUUGCAGGUAAUUCAGAUAGGUGUGAACAUAUUUUACUGAGAAAUGACAAAUUUGACAAAAUUGAGUUCUUGUGAAUUAUUUGUAUGUGUACAGACAUGACUCAAAAUGCUUGUAUGUGUUUUGUAUGCAGUUAACAGUCUAGCAGAAUCCAUUUCAUGUUCAAGGAAGAACAAAAAAUAUAAUGCAACAUCAAAAUAAAUCAAAUGAGACAUUA